CUGUCCUGUUUUCGUGUCUUCUUUUGGUGCAUGCAUUGCCCUUUUCAGUGAAUCAGAAAAUUGUUUUUUUUAUUCUGCAGACUUAGCGGAGAUAGCAAAUUUUUUGGGCAUUACAUGCUCAGUUGACAUUGAAGCAAUACAAGGAAAAGGUAGCUAUGAGGAACGUGUUGAAAUGCUUCAUCUGAUUGUAGAUCUUGUUGAAGCAAGCCAAUAUGCUGAUAAUCCUGAAUGGAGUGUUGAUGAACAAUUAGCUAAGGAUGUACAGUUAGUAGAUUCAAUUGCAGAAAAACAAGCUCAAAUAUUUGCAGAAGAGUUGAAACUUUUUCCAGCAGAUGUACAGAUUCAGUCUGUCUACCCCUUGCCUGAUAUAUCUGAACUGGAACUAAAGCUUAGUGAACAUUCAAAUAAACUCUUAAAUCUGCAGCAGAUGGUUCAGGAAUUAGCAUCUAAGUAUGAUUACAAUCCUAAUGAAGACUAUACGGAGGUAGAGCUAAAGCUGAGGUCCAAUUUGGAGUCUUUUCUUGAAACUGUGAAGUCUUUCAAUUUGAUUUAUACAAAGGAAAUUCGUCCAUGGACUCACAUGAUGGAAGUGCCACAAUUACAUGGGUUUGGUCCCGCUUCUAAUCGUCUGUUGGAGGCUUAUAAUACACUUCUAAAGUUUUUGGGAAACUUGAGAAGUGUUCGGGAGUCAUAUGCGGCUAUGUCUAUUGGAUCUGUAUCGACAACCGAAGAGCCAUCCUCAAUCACCAAAAUAAUUUUGGAUUGUGAAUCUGCUCUGACGUUUUUGAACCGUAGUCUCUCCAUCCUCUCGACUUCUGUGGCCAGGGAGCAAGGGAAGGCCCUAUGAAUUGGAACAUAUCAUAGAGUUAGAGAAAUAGUGAAGGUUGUUCUUGUGACAUUCAUAUAAAUAUAAAUCAGUUGUUGGAAACAAUAGUGUAUCGAUAUAAUUACCAGCCCAUCAGUUACUUUGGCCGCUGUGCGCCAUAUUGGACAUGAUAACCGUGAUGUAAGCUGAUUUCCAUGUUCUUCCUGUAGCAAAAAAAAAAAAAAAAAAGAGUUCCAUUUGAUGCAUUA